UAGCGAUGAAAUCAGAGCUAACAAAUGGCACGGGUCUCUCGAACAAGAUUGCGCUACUUCUGGUGGAAGGUGCAAGGGUUCCCGCCAGGAAACGAAACACUGACGAUUGGAUUGAAGGGGAGAUAGUUGCUAAGAGACCAGGCGACGAUGGAAAACAAGAAUUUUAUAUCCAUUACAUAGACUACAACAAACGACUUGAUGAGUGGGUGCAUGAUGAUCAGCUCGACAUUAAUAAGAUAAAACUUCCUCAAACAAAGAACUCCAGACCGGUAUCUCCCACAGCAAUGUUGAACAAAGUGAACAGGAAGAGGAAGAUUGAAGAAACUAACGGAUACAGCAGUUCCCACAGCACAAACAGCGACACAGACGAAGCCCCACCAAUCGUCCCUCCCAUCAUGCCAGCAGGCCCACCAUCUACUGGCAGUCUUAGUCAGAACCAGAACACUUACGACGGUUUAACUCGCAUUAAGAACGUCCAGCAAAUUGAGAUGGGCAGAGCCCGGAUGACACCCUGGUACUUCUCCCCGUACCCCCAGGGACUCUGUAAUUUACCUGUCAUCUACAUCUGCGAGUUUUGUCUGAAAUAUCUCAAGAGUGAAAAUUGUCUCAAGCGUCACAAAAUAAAAUGCAAACUCUACCACCCACCUGGAAAUGAAAUCUACCGAAAAAACAAUAUCUCAGUUUUUGAAAUUGACGGUCGCAAAAACAAGAACUAUGCCCAGAAUUUGUGUCUGAUAGCCAAGCUGUUUCUUGAUCACAAGACUUUGUAUUAUGACACGGACCCCUUUUUGUUCUAUGUCAUGACAGAGUACGAUCAAUUUGGUCUGCAUAUGGUGGGGUACUUUUCCAAAGAAAAGGAGUCCAGCGAAGACUAUAACGUCGCUUGCAUUCUUACGCUUCCAUGUCAUCAAAAGAAGGGUUACGGCAGACUACUCAUAGAGUUCAGUUAUCUAUUGAGUCAAGUGGAAGGGAAGCUGGGCUCGCCGGAGAAGCCUCUCAGUGAUCUCGGAUUACUAAGUUAUCGGAGUUAUUGGAGUAAUGCUGUGUUAGAAGCGCUGAUUCAGUAUCUGGAUAGUCCCACUGAGAGCCCGCCCAGUUUAACUAUCCUAGAGUUGUGUGACCGGCUGUGUAUGAAGAAGGAGGACGUGAUCAGUACCCUCCAACAUCUCAACCUUAUCCACUACUACAAGGGACAGUACAUUAUAUGUCUGAGUAAUGAAAUUAUCGAUCAGCAUCGUAAGAGCAUGUUCAGAAGAAAGGUGCGGAUUGACGAUAAAUAUUUGCAGUGGCAGCCAAAGGACUGGUCAAAGAGGGGGAAAUGGUGACAUCAGUCAACUAUUGCAUCUACAAUAGUGAUAUCCUCCCGGUUUUAAUUUUAAAUGAAUUGUAGAUCUGGUGUUAUGAUCUGCUAUUUUAGCAUCUUUUGUAAUUUUUACGCGUAACAUUACUUUUUAAUUUUAAAUCGAAACCUUUUAACUGAUGUAGGAAUGGAUUGUGUUACAGAGGUCGGAGGUGAUUUGGCUAGUAAUUCCUAAAUGAGAUACUUGUCACCGCUGAAUAUUUUAGCUUUGCAUUUUUGAACGAAACUUAACUCCUUCUAGAUUCCGUGAAUGAUCACGAAAAUUUUAAACAUAGAACUUAAUUUAAAACAUAAUUUUAAUUUUAAACAUAGAACUUAAUUUCCCUAAAAUGUGGCUGAUCGAACCUCGAUGCUCUUCCUACUUUAAUAUUGAAAUGUUUAAUUGAUCAAAUUGAAAGGUGAUUAUGAUAACAGAUAAGAACGUAUCCACCUGGUAACUUUGAUGUAUAUUCCAAACGAAACUGAAAUCUUUAUUUUGUAAAACUGCAA